AUGCAAAUAUAUUACAUCUACUGCUUCAGAUUUGUCCAAAUUAUCUUCUUCUUCCUCGGUUUGGGAACGCUGCUGCCCUGGAAUUUCUUCAUCACUGCUAUUCCGUAUUUUGAGGCACAACUGAAUAUUGGGAAUGUUUCAACAUCACGGAAUGCCACGGAGCAGGUUGUUGACCAAUGGCAUUUCAGUAACUGGAUGACUCUGCUGGCAAUGUUACCCUUGUUGCUCUUCACCUGUCUGAAUUCCAUCCUAUAUCCGAGGAUUUCGGAGAAGUUUCGGAUUGCCGGCAGCCUGUUUGGGAUCCUCUUGCUCUUCCUGGUGACAGCGGUGAUGGUGAUGGUUCCUCUUUGUCCUAAGGUCUUUUUCGGGAUCACCAUGACUGUCAUCUGGUUCAUUAACUCCUUCGGUGCCGUGUUACAGGGGAGCUUGUUCGGUUUGGUUGGAUUACUGCCAGCAAAAUACAGCAGCCUCUUCAUGAGUGGUCAGGGAGUGGCUGGAAUGUUUGCAGCACUAGCAUCAAUCCUGGCCAAAAUCAGUGGUGCAGAUGAGAGGACUGUAGCGUUGGGAUAUUUUAUUACUCCUUGCCUGGUGAUUUUAUUAACUAUCAUCUUUUACUUCACUCUGCCACACCUGAAAUUUGCGAAAUAUCAUUUCAAAAAAGAUCAACUGGAACACUGUUACGAACCGGAGGCAAAGUUGGAGAUGUUAGCUCCUCUGGCGGAGAAGAAUGGGGUUGUGGAGAAGGGGCAGCAGGUGUUGGUCCACCUCGAGCGAUCACACAGCAAAGAGGACCGAUCCGAGAGGAGCUUCAGUGUCGUCAAGGUGUUCAGGAAGAUUUGGAAGUUGGCGAUAGCCGUCUGCCUCAUAUUCACAGUAACAAUAUCGGUGUUUCCAGCAAUCACAGCUCAUGUCAGCUCCAAAUCAGAGGAAGGCAAAUGGAGAGAAUACUUCAUUCCUGUUUGCUGUUUUCUAUUGUUUAAUAUAAUGGACUGGGCUGGUCGCAGUGUGACUGCGCUCUCCAUGUGGCCCCAGAAAGACAAUGUGCUGCUGCUCUCUGUCCUGUUGCGAGUAAUCUUCAUCCCAAUCUUCAUGAUGUGUAAUGUGAAGGAGCGGCAUAUCCUUCCAAUCGUCUUCGAGCACGAUGGCUGGUUUAUCCUCUUCAUGUUCCUGUUUGCCUUCUCCAAUGGUUACUUAGUGACGCUCUGCAUGUGUUACGCACCCAAGAAGGUGUCUCCACGGGAUGCAGAAACAGCUGGGGCAGUGAUGGCUUUCUUUCUUGCCUUGGGUCUGGCUCUGGGAGCUGCAGUGUCUUUCCCCAUCCGGUUGAUGCUGUGAGAGCACAGACCAUCCUCACCCAGGACAUGCCCAACUGAAAAGCGGCUGGCUCCACCUUACACCUGGUGCCAUAGUGGAUCAAUGGGACUCUCUCUGGGAAGGUCGAACUGUUUGCACUGCCUGUUCUCCUGUAGUUUGACUCUUUCUCUGUCUUCCUCUUUCUCUCACUCUCCCUCCUUUAGGAAUGUAACUAUUUAAAUAGCCACUCUCUUACUCCAGUUCGGCCUUGCUAAUUCUUUCAAAUCUCUCCCUGUAUCUGCCCUAGAUUAAUCCAUCGCUGGUUUUGACUCUGAAUAGCCAAACAAUAUGCAGACUGCAAAACUACAGAGAACUUUCAAAUGUUCCUACCCUCCUUCACCUUUUUAUAUAUUUCAGUUUUUGUUUUGUUACGUUUUAAAUAUGUUUUUAUCAGUGCACUGGACUCUGAAGACACUGUUUCUGACUGGCAGUGUAUCGGUAUCCAUGACAAUGGGGCACAUUGUUGCCUCGAGGGGGCAAUUAACCAAUGCCCACAUCCCGAGAGUGCAAAAAUCAUUGUGUCAACACAAUGAGAAGAUAAAAUCACUGUCUCUUCCAGCCCGGCAAUGCCUGUUACAAAAUCCAGACACCUCUGCUGCGAUAGCUUCACAUCUCUAUUUGAGCUGGGAAUAGUCAUCUUGGUACAUGCUCUCUGCUUUUAAAUUAUUAUAACAGACUCAAACACUUCAGUUUAAUGCAUUCUCAAUGGGCCUGCACUAUACGCCCUGGAGUUGGUCCUUGGAGUUAAAAGAGAAAAUACUGGAAGCGCUCAGUAUGUCUGGCAGCAGCUGUGAAGGUUAAUGAUCUUUCCCAAUCAGGUUUUAACCCCCAGAGAUAACUCCUGCUUCGUUCACUGACAUUCCCACCGUGUCUGUCACAAAGACAUAGGGGAUGUGAGUGAGUGUAUAUCUCCAAUGAAAUUUUUUUGUUUUUAAUAAAAAAAAACAAAAAUGAGA